AUGCCCUCACCGUUGGAUGCGCUCUGCAUGGGCACAUCGAAAAGUAAGGGACGGAAGGAGGUGCCAUUGGCUGCAAUUCCUUUUUUUGUCUGUGUUUUUCUCCUUCGAAGUGUGAUUACAUUGUGUGUGUGUGUGUGUGUGUUCUUGUUUGUUUUUUAUACAAUGACGAGCCUUUUUUCUAUUAAUGGACUCUAUACAAAAGGAUUUUGCAUUUUUUUUUGUUUUUGUUUUUUCUCUUGCUGUUUUGUGGGCGCGUUGCUCUCUUCAACCUUUUCCGGCGACCAUUUUUACGCUCCUCGCCCUGUGUUAUCUGCGUGCUGUCCCCUAAUCCCAUGUUUGUUGCUUCUUGUGCGCUGUUCACGGAAUUUUCUGGCCGGCUUUGCGCCGUUUUUGUUUCUUUUUUUAAUUUUCUCGCUUGCAGUUAUUCACGCUGACGACAUCUGCGCCGCGGGUGGGGGGAUGACGAACGUCAGUCACGGCGGCGGCGGCGGCGGCGGCGGCCACUCCACCACACGCACAGGGGUGGAGUCGACGGCAAACGAGACCACGCGCAACUUCAUUCUGGGCCUUCCCAAGGAGGGCCCUGCGCCGGGGAGCGCAGAUGCGGCCUCCCUGCAGGCAGCAGAGGCAUUUGUGGGGGAAAUACAGGAGGAGAUCAUGGCGUAUGACAUGGCCAACGCACGGGCCAUGGAGACAUACGCGCGGAGUCUUUGGGCGAAAAUACCCUUUUUUGGAAAGCGGUGGGCAACUGAGACCAGCGCUGAUGUUUUAGGAGGGACUCCGCCACUAGAAAGUCGCGGCAACGAAAAUGUCAAUACUGCCACAGCCACAGCUGCGGCUAGCAACAUGAGGGGACAGUGCCGUGUGGAGCGUACAUCGGCGGAGGUGGCGGGUGGGAAUAAAAGGCCCCCGCAGCCAAGGAUGAACAGUUGGCUCUUCAAGCAGCGCCAUCCCGGGUGGGUGCCGCUCAUUCAACGCUGGUGGGUUCCUUGCGUCUGUGUGGCGGGCAUUGUUGUCAUCUGGACACCCGAUGUAUGGAAGCUACGGACGUUGUAUUGGUGCGAUUACAAGUACGCCCUCUUCCGGCAGGCCAUUCACAAGGCAUACUGGCGUGCAACGAUGAGCGCAGAGGAGUAUGAGCAGUUGAUGCAAGAAUUGGAGCAGGGACGGCCGCUCUCUGCAAAGGCCACCAAAUGCCCACUGUAA